CCCACCGCUACGAGGUUAGCCGGGCACCACGAUGCGGGUAUGGCUCGCCGACUCUGCCGUCUCCCUCGCUUCUUCCCCCUCGCCGCCGCCGCCUCCAAGCCCCACCCCCACCUCGUCCCCUUCGCCUUAAACCCUAACCCCGCUCCUCUGCUCCCGUCCUUCUCGCGGCCGCCGCCUUCGCUUCCCACUCUCUCUCGCCUCUUCUCCUCCUCCGCGGGUGGUUCCAGCAUGGUGGUCGUCGGAUCGGCGGACUCCUUCACCAGCGUCCUCUCCAAGGUGCAAGAUGAGAAGCUACCGGCUGUGUUCUACUACACUGCGGUGUGGUGCGGGCCGUGUAGGGCGAUUGCACCUGUGAUAUCAAAGCUGAGCAGCCGGUAUCCUAAUAUACCUGUGUAUAAAGUUGACAUUGACAUGGAAGGAUUAGGAAGCAAACUGGGUGAUCUCAAAAUAUUCUCGGUGCCUACGUUCCAUUUCUAUCACAAAGGUCAGAAGACUAGUGAGAUAGUGGGUGCUGAUGUUAAAAAACUUGAAGCUGCCAUGGAAAGUCUCCACAAGCAACAGUAGAAGCUUCAGAGAAUAGCGUAACUUGGAAGGACUCGGUUCCUAUUUUCUUUUGUUCAUGUGAAGAAGUCGUGAUGCUUGUGAUUCCUAUUAACGUGUUUGACAUUGGAUCUUGAGCUUAAGCAACUUUGUUCAGAUAUUUAUUAUGUUUGGAUUGAGGGAGAAAUGGGUUAGAAAUAAAGCGGACCUUGAUUAA